GGGGAGGCAAAAUAGGAAGGAAAAAAAAGGGGGUGGAGAAGAGGCGAGGGUGUACGCAUCAAUUUGUACAGUCCUCAGUUGGCACCCCUGUUUUCUCCCUGCGAGAGAUUUCUUCUGCGUUAUUGUUAUGACCGGAGCCCUUUGCAGCAUGAACCAGCUCGAGCCCAUGUUGUUGACAGACGCCUGGGCUCCGAGGUGUGCGCGUGAGCGUGCAACAUAGAGCGACAAAACCCGGGAGAGAAAGGGGAAAGUGGGAGAACGCAUCGCUGGAUGCUGUAGGGUUUGGUAACACUGCAUCGCAGCCAAGUCGGUAAACAACUGGAUCCAGUUCAGUUCCUGCAAUGGCUUGUGUUGUAAAAUGGACGUUGUGAAGAAGAAAUAAUGAAAACAAGGACGCACAAAGAAUCGAUGCCCAUGCGCAGUGGGCGACAGAGGGGGGCAAGCGAGGAGCGAAGGGGUAGACGCCCUCACGCCAGCCCGACUCGUCCUGAUCGCAGUGACAGACAGACGCAAAGAGGAGCUGGUGAGGAACUGGCUGGGAGUCGCUUCAGCUGCAGAUCACAAGGGCAUGAUUCAUCCGAGAGUGAGGGGGAGGAACUUGUAUCUCCUCCAAAAAGGCAGAAAGUUCAGGAGUCAGCUUCUACCCCAAACCCUCCAACGUCAACACAUUUGACUGAAAGCUCAACUCCUUCCACGGUCCCACCUCCAACCUCAGUUGCCAGCCAAUCCCGCGAAAGUGACAAUGAGGACGGCCAAUCCCAGGGCAGUAGGAGUUCAGUGGUAGGGAGCCUGGCCAAUAGCAGCAGUAGUCUGAGCAGCGGGCGGGAUAUAGACCAGGACAAUCGUUCCUCAUCUCCAAGUCUUUCUGCCUCACCUUUGGGUAGCCUGGACUCCGACUCCGACGGUCCUGAAUCGCCAAAGCAAGGAGAGCGUGAGAAAGGUAAAGAGGGUGGAGCAGGGAAGGUCACCGGAGAGGAUCAGAGAGCGCUGCGAGAUGGGAGAGGGGAAGAAUCCUGUGGAGACGGAGAAAAGCGAGAUGUGGAGACGGCUGAGGACUGUCCGUCUUUGAAGCCCCCUUCCACUCCCAUCUCUUCCUCCAGUCUGACUCCCUCUCUCCGUGGAGCUGGAGAUUCAUCAAAUGACAGCAGUAGUGGAAGGAAGUCGUAUUUCUCUUUGGACUCCAAACUGAUGUGCAAAGUUGAGUACGGUGCACCGACGAGUGUUGAAGGUUCUCUAAGUGGCGGCAGGAUGACUUCCAAAGCUAACGCUCAGUGCAUCAACAAGACAGCCAUCUCUGGGGGAGAUUAUUCACAUAAUAGCCCCAAUAUGCCCCAUUCGCUACCCCCUCCACCCGCCCUGAAGCCCUUGGAGAUUGGAGGACAAAACUUGCCUGCUGAGGUUAAAACGGAAAAAGAGAAAAUGGAAAAAGCAGAGAAACUACUGGACAAAACUCAGUCAAUGCCUCCUUCUCUGCUGCCACAACCUGGUCCUCAACCCCAGCCUCAGCCCCAGAACCCACCUCCCAGCCACCCCCACCACUACAGCUCCACCAGUUGGCAGGGUGGCACAGCAACUGGUUGUCAGGGUAGUUGGGGCUACUCCCGUUACUCUGGCAACCACCACCCACAGCACCAGCCCCCUGUUCAGCAGCAGCAACUUCCUUCUGUUUACAACCCUCCUUCCUCUCGCCACUCCUCCUCCCACCCCUCUUACCUCCCCCAUCCUCACCCUCACCCCCACAGGGAGUACCUUCCCAGGUACGCUGGAGGGGGAGGCGAUAGAGAGAGGGGGGCUGUAGGAGAGAGGGAGAGGGGAGUGAGAGGGGAGUGUGGGGGGAGAGAGAUCAGCCGGGAGUUUUCUGCUCCUGUCGGCAACAGCAGCAAUGGUAGUGGUGGGGUCAGCAGCAAUAAUGGCUGUGGAGCGAUGGGUGGGCCCAACAGCGUUCCAGGUAGGGAGUACGGCGGUUUGACAGCGGGGCAGAACCGAGAUUACCAAGGUUCUGGGAGAGAUGGACCCGGCUUAGGUCCAGAGAGAAGAGACUUUGGUCCAGCUUUUAGGGACAGGGAGCGGGAAAGGGAUCGUGAGGGAGGAAGGGAAUUUAAUUUGCCAAAUCAAAACCAGAGUAGAGACUUUGGCCCCAGUGGAACUGCAGGGGGGCAUCCCAGAGACAAAGAUGGCAGCAGAUGGGGGGAGUUUGGGGGCCAGACAAGAGACACUUUGAGCAACAGCAACCCCAACAACAACUCAAUACCACAAGGAAAUCUCCCAAGUUCAGCCAGCGGGUUACCAGUCACCCCCAGCCUCAACCGUGACCCACCUGCAUCACCCCAAAGCAAUCCUAAUCACCUUUCUCAUUCGUCACUUCCCUCACAUCCUCACUCACACCCCGCAAACUCAUCAAACAGAGACUUCCCUCCGCCCAUGGACCAGACACAAACGUCCUCCUCUGGAGCAGACCACUUUCACAGAGAAUAUCCUCCAGCUGGAGCUAAAGACUUUCCUACUGGGGUACCUCCUCCCACUGGCACAAACAGAGAGUACUUGAGCUCUCCUGGGGUGACUCCAAACCUGGGUCGAGAGUAUUCAGGGCCUGGAGGACCCCAACACCCUCACCCCCCUCCCUCUCACUACCAGUCCGGGCUCAAAGAAAGAGAAAGGGAUGGCAACCUGCGAGACACUGCUCUGUACCAAAGCCGUGGAGGCCCAAAUCAGCCUCCUGCCCUCUCUCCCUCUUCGUCUUCAGGUCACCAUGCACAAUUUCCCCAUCCAUCUCCGCAGCCACCUCUACCCCCAUCUCAAACCUCCCAUGCCCAACCAUCCCCCUCAGGUAUGGGACACGGUGUCCGUCCCCCACACUAUCAGUCAUCUGCCCAGACUCCUCCAACACCCCUGUCUCCAUUACCCAGCCCAUCCACUAAUCCGAUGGGACCCUUCUCAUCCUUCCCCCCUGGCACCUCCGCUGCACCUAGUGUACAAGUUCCUGCCACAGGUGUGCCGUCCAGCUGCUCACCUGGAUGUCGCCCUUCGUCUUUUCACGGCACUUUGAACAACCACCCUCAGUUCAGUGGAGCCUAUCACUCUAAUGGGAACAAUGGCAGCUCCGUGGUGAACAGUGGUAGCAACAGUAGCACGGCCGGUAGCAGUAACACCAACUCGCAGUCGCUCUCACCCCAGAACGUCCCAAAGGUUCCUCCGCCUCUUAGUAGCUCCAAUAACAGCAGCAUCUCAACACCUGCCUCAAGUUCCUCGCUCCCCAGUGGAGAGGGACACUCUGAAUCAGGCCUGCCUCCCACACCUGUCAUCAAAGAAGAACCACCGGAGGAAAGGGAAGAGGGUGACAGCCCGCCGCCGGUGUUGAGAAGUCCUUCACCUGAACCGAAACAUGUUGACAUUCCGAUUCAUGCCAGCCAAUCAGCGAGGUUUCACAAGGUCCUUGACCGUGGCAGCGGGAACUCCUGUGCCCGCAGCGAUGUCCUCUUUGUUCCGUUGGAUGGCUCCAAGCUGUGGAAGAAGAGAAAUGAGAUGAUUGAAAGAGCUCGCAGGGAAGUCGAGCAGAGAGCAAGAGACCUGAGAGAGAAAGAAAGGGAAAGGGAAAGAGAACGGGAGCGUGAGCGUGAGAGGGAACUGGAUCGACAUCUACAGCAGCAGAAAGAUGUCAGCGCUGCCGGAGGGGGUCGCCAGGGCUCCUCGCUCUUCUUCCCCCCCUCAUCCUCCAUCAUUCUUGACCCUUCAUCUUCUGUUUGUUCCUCCGGCAACCCGGUCCCUCACCCUCCCUCUCAUCCCCAGCAUCACCCCUCACAUCCCCACGCUCACCUUCCUCCAGCACACCAUCUCCACCCAAGUCUCUCCCACACCAUUCCCCACUCCCUCCUCUUACCGUCCAUGGGUGGGGCACCAGCGGUGGUUGGUGGCCCCCAAGGGGCCCUGGGAAUAGGUUUGGGAGGUCCUUAUUUGGGUCCUGACACACCAGCACUGAGAACUCUGAGUGAAUAUGCUCGUCCUCAUGCAAUGUCUCCACUUGGAGCUGCAAGUCGUGCUCAGGCACACCACGCCCAAGUUCACCAUGGCCACCCCCACGUCCACCCCUCUUUCUUCCUUCCUCAGUUUCAGAAUCACGCUUUAAGCCACCCUCACCUCCCCACUGAUGCAGCAACUGCAGCAGCCAUCCUGGGCUUUUUGUAUGGUGGGAGCCUGGAAGGUGGUCCGGGUGUUCCUGGGCACCCUGGGAUGGCAGGAGGCCCGGUACCAGGAGGGAUUGGGGGAGCAGGUCUAGGGGGGGUGGGCUUCCCUCAUGCAAUGGCUGCUCAUCGAGAGAGGAUAAAGCCUGGGUUUGAGUUUAAGAGCGAUGAGCGAGUUUACCCACCAGGUUCCAUACCUGAUCCUGCAGCCAUUGCUCUUGCUCACUCGCAUUCACACGCCCAUGCUAACUCCCAUGCACAUGCUCACUCCUUGCUUCUCGAAGGAGGUGCUGCAGGAGUUAAUGAGGUGUCACUCUAUGGCACUCCUCCAGCACUACCUGGACCCCCACAUCUUCAAAACCCAGCUCUUGCACCAAUAUCUCGACCUCCUAAUCCUCCCGCUUCCCAGUCCUUGUCCAAUCCACCUUCAUCUCUCCUCCCAGCUUCUCUCCCCUCUCACCCUUCAUCUGCUCCACUGGCUGCCCCCUCAGCCCCAGCAGCCCCUUCUGCACCGCCGCCAGCGCCUCCUCAGCCUGCUCCGCCAACUUCCAACGUCGCCUCGAUUCAUCACCCUGUCCCCCAUUCUUCUUUUCCAAGCUCUCUGUCCUCUCAUUUGCCACCACCUCCUGCCCCAACUGCUCCGUCCGAGACCUACCCGACUCCCACCCGCUCCCCUGCGCCCUUUGAGCGCGACAGGAGUGGAGAAAGAGAACGGGACAGGGAGAGGGAGCGGGAGCGGGAUCGAGCAGCUUUGCCGGCUUUUGGCGACAGAGAGAGAGAAAGAGAGAGGGAGCGAGAAAGGGUAGGAAGUGGGGGAGGCGGAGGAGGAGGGAGUGGAGGCGGAACAGGGGGAGGGAGUGGAGGAGGAGGAGGAGAGAACCUAGGACGUCUUCAGAUGCUGAAUGUGACUCCUCACCAUCACCAGCAUUCACACAUCCACUCCCAUCUUCACCUGCACCAGCAAGACACAGCGGCGGGCGGGGUUCACCCCCUGAUGGACCCGUUGGCGUCGGGGUCUCCUCUGGCACGCCUCCCUUACCCAGGAGCCACACUCGGCACUCCCAUCCUGGCUCACCCCCUCACUGACAGCGAGGUGCUCCGCCAGCAGCUGUUCGGUGAGGAGAAGGCUCCUCGUCCAUGUGCUCCUUUCCGUGACUUGCCCCAGCCGUCCUCCCUCACUGGUCCCAUGUCAGCGGCCCACCAGCUCCAGGCCAUGCAGCAGGCCCAGAGCGCAGAGCUGCAGAUCCAGAGACUGGCCCUGGAACAGCAGUGGAUCCACCACCAUCACCACCACUCCCUCACCCAGGACGAGUACUACAGUCACUUGAAGAAGGAAGGUGACAAGACCCUGUGAGGGAGGGGCGUGACAGAGAGCAGCACAGAGACAAACGGAGGGAGAAAAUCUGCAAAAAUAGAACAAGUAAAGAAAAGCACUGAAGAAUAAAGAAGGAACAAAGACUUAUCAAGAAAAACUGGACUAAUGGAUGGGGAUUUUACCGAAGGAGACCGGGAGAUGUUACUGGAAUAACAAAAGAGGAAAAAGGAGGGAACGUGUUGCACGCAGUUCCUGCUAACUGCACCAGACUCCUGCCAUUUCCUGCUUUACAUUCUCCGGUCUUAUUUUAUAUCGUGUUCUGUACAGAAUAUUGAACGGGGCGACAAUAGUGGCGUACGGUUUGUGUAAAAUACUCAAUGCCAGAAGGAAAUGUGUACAUGAGUCCCUUUUAUGUCGUUGCAUGUAGCUAUAGGUGCUUAUUCUGAACUGGUGGAACUUUUGGUUCUAUUUUUAGUAAUCCCCCCCCCCCCCUUUUGUAUCAGAGGGGGGCGCUCUAUAUGCAUGAAACCAGCAUUUUAGUGUUCUGUUGAUAAUAUCGUAUUAUCAUGAUUAAUGUUGUCUGUUUGUUGAUAAUGAUAUAAUUAUAUAUACAACACAUAUUAUUUGUAUUAUUUUUUUACAUUUUCAUGGUUAUGGCAGUCGGUUUUUAUUUUUUAUUUUCAAUCGUGAAACAAGAUGCAAAUGAAGGCAAAAUAAUCUGGAAAUAAAUUAUAAUCUCUUU